AUGGGAGGUGCAAAUAACAAUUCUGUUAAAUAUAUUUUUCAUAGAUUGGUGGAAAAUCCCAAAAGAAUUUCACAUAAUAAUUGCGAGGACAAUGUUGAUGAUCAUAGUGGUGAGAAAAAUGAUUUGGUUGCUUUAGUUGAUGAUAUAGAAGAUACCACAAGUGAAGAGUCUGAAGAUAUCACUUUAGUAGAAUUUAACAGCUAUGAGAUUAAAAAUAAAAUCUCAAAUGUAAGUAAGCCUACUAUGAUAUUUUGUUAA